AUGCUUGGAACUAGAACCAGUAUGCUAACAAUUUCUGAGAUAAGUUACAGACAUAGUGGAACAUACACCUGCAGAGCUUCUAAUAUGGCUGCAAGUGUGACAUAUUCUGCUAAUCUGACUGUUAAUGAACCCCCUGAGAUUGUGCCUUUUUCAUUUGGAGCUGAUUCAUUGAACAAAGGAGAAUUUGCACAACUUGUAUGCGUUGUUAGAAAGGGGGAUGAGCCAAUGACAUUAACCUGGCACUUGAAGGGAGAUGUAAUAUCAUCAGAUCCUGAUCUUUCAACAACUAUGUUGGGACGAAGAACAAGCAUGUUGACGGUUUCUUCAGUUAGCUAUCGUCAUAAUGGAGUUUACACAUGUAGAGCAAGCAAUCAAGCUGGUACUGUUUCUUACUCUGCUGAUUUAGUUGUCAAUGAGCCACCACAAAUUGUUCCUUUUUCAUUUGGUGUGAACUCUGUCAAUCAGGGAAGCUUUGCACAAUUGGUUUGUGUUGUUAUGACUGGAGACGAACCUAUUACCCUUAGUUGGAGUUUAAAAGGAGACAUCAUUUCAUCUGAUCCUGACAUAUCUACUACUAUGUUGGGAACAAGAACUAGUAUGCUAACAAUAGCUUAUUUUGCUCAACUCAUGUGUAUUGUAAGAACUGGUGAUGAACCCAUUACUCUGAGUUGGAGCCUAAAGGGUGAUAUAAUCUCUUCUGACCCUGAACUGUCUACUACUAUGCUUGGAACUAGGACUAGUCUUCUCACAAUUUCUUCUGUAAACUAUCGUCACAGUGGAACAUACACAUGCAGAGCUUCUAACCCAGCUGGAACAGUUAUUCAUUCAGCUAAUCUUACGGUCAAUGGCCAACUUGGACAGUUAGUUUGCACCAUUCUUCAGGGAGAUGAACCCAUUUCUAUAAAAUGGUCAGUUCAAGGUGAAGAUCUUGGACCAGGACCAGACCUAACUACAUCACAACUUGGAUCCCGAACUUCAAUCCUAAUGAUUAGUUCUGUAUCAUAUAGACAUUCUGGAACUUACACAUGCUUAGCAAGUAAUCCAGCAGGGUCAGUUUCAUAUUCUGCAGAGCUAUCAGUAAAUGAGCCACCUAAGAUCCUACCCUUUUCCUUUGGAGAUGAAGCUGUAAAUACUGGAGAAUUGCGUCAACUUCUAUGCACAGUUAUCAAAGGAGAUGAUCCACUAUCAAUAUCAUGGUCCAUGAAAGGGGAAAAUCUUGGACAUGGUCCUGAUAUAACAACUUCACAAUUGGGAGCUAGAACAUCCAUGCUCAUGAUAAGUAGUGUUACAUACAGACAUUUGGGUUACUACACAUGCACAGCCACUAAUCUAGCUGGUUCAGCAUCAAUUACUGCAGAGCUCAAAGUCAAUGAGUCCCCUGAGAUAGGGCCAUUCUCCUUCUCAAAAACAUUGAUGAAUGAAGGAGAUUUUGCUCAAAUAUCCUGCAUUGUAACUUCUGGUGACAAACCAUUAUCUAUUACAUGGACUUUUCAUGGUACUCAAACUGAAACUCCAGGAAUGGAUAAUGGCAUUACAACUUCAAAUAUUGGUGGUCGUAUGAGUAUGUUAGUUAUUGACUAUGUCAAGCACAUCCAUCAAGGAAACUAUACCUGCCAAGCUUCAAACCAAGCUGGUUCUAGUUCUCACACAGCAAAGCUUUUGGUUAAUGAGCCUCCAAAGCUGCUACCCCUCUCUUUUGGAGCAGAUAUUUUGGAUGAGGGUGGAUUUGCUCAACUAUCUUGCAUUGUUACAAAAGGAGAUAAACCUCUUUCAAUAUCAUGGACAUUUCAUGGCAGUAAUAUUACCCAUGAUCUGGAUAUCCUGACUACCCCUAUUGGAGAUCGUGGUAGCAUGCUUGUUAUAUCAAGUGUUGCUCACAAGCAUAGAGGAAAUUAUACCUGCUCAGCUUCAAACAGAGCUGGGGUUAUGUAUAGUACAGUAGAACUAAGAGUUAAUGAACCUCCUGAAGUUCUUCCAUUGAGCUUUGGAAAAGAGAUCAUGAGUGAGGCUGAUUUUGCACAAUUGUCUUGUAUAGCUGCAAAAGGGGAUCAACCUCUUACUUUUGCAUGGUCAUUCCAUGGGAGCAGUAUUACCAAUGAUCUUGAUAUAAUCACCACUCCUAUUGGUUCUAAAGGAAGCAUGCUUGUUAUUUCAAGUGUUGACUAUAAGCAUAGGGGAGAAUACAGUUGCACAGCUAAAAACUCUGCUGGGGCUAGAACUCAGACUGCUGAGCUUAAAGUAAACGAACCCCCAGACCUCCUUCCCUUGACCUUUGGUAGAGAUGUUAUGGAUGAAGGCAGCUUGGCUCAAGUUUCCUGCAUUGCUGCCAAAGGAGAUGAACCAUUAACUUUGUCCUGGACAUUUCAUGGUAGCAAGAUUUCAUCUGACUCAGGAAUUAUCAUAACUCCUGUAGGGUCAAAAAUAUCAAUGCUUCUUAUAUCCAGUGUUAAUUAUCAGCACAAUGGCAUCUACACUUGUACUGCCAAGAACCAUGCUGGUCAGAAAUCAAUGUCAACAGAGUUAAAAGUCAAUGAGCCACCUGAAUUGCUGCCUUUGUCCUUUGGAGCAGAUAUCAUGAAUGAGAAAGACUUUGCUCAAGUUUCCUGUAUUGUCCGGAAGGGUGAUGAACCACUAACGGUAUCCUGGUCCUUUCAUGGAGGAAGUAUAACUUCAAACAUUGGAAUCAUUACUUCUCCAAUUGGAUCACGAGGCAGCAUGCUUCUAAUCUCUAGUGUGGGUCAUAAGCACAGAGGAAACUAUACCUGCACUGCUAAAAACAGUGCAGGUGUUAAGUUUGAGACAGUUGAGCUUAAAGUCAAUGUUCCUCCAGCAAUUCUUCCAUUAUCAUUUGGGACCAAAAUCAUGAAUGAAGGUUCUUUUGCCCAGCUAAGCUGCAUAGUUCCUGAGGGAGAUGAACCUAUAGACAUAUCAUGGUCAUUCCAUGGUAUGGGUAUAUCCUCUAACAUUGGGAUUACUACUACUAAGAUUGGAACAAGAGGAAAUGUUUUGAUGAUCCCAAGUGUUGGACAUGUGCACACUGGCAUGUAUGAAUGUAAGGCAGAUAAUGCAGCUGGGUCAGCAUCUCAGUCAGUUUCCUUGCAAGUCAAUGGUAAAGUUCCACCUGUUAUCCUGCCUUUGAGUUUUGGUCAAGAUAUAAUGAAUGAAGGAGGUUUUGCCCAAGUGUCAUGCAUUGUUACUGAAGGGGAUGAACCUUUCUCAAUAACAUGGUCGUUCCAUGGUCAUGCUCUAUCUGCAGAUCUUGGAAUUAAAACCACACCUCUGGGUACAAGGGGAAGUUCACUGAUGAUUCCGCAAGUAGGGUAUAGGCACAGGGGAAACUACUCCUGUCAAGCAUCUAACUAUGCUGGGAAGAGGUCCAAGACAGUUGAACUUAAAGUCAAUGGUGAGCAUAUUUAG